UACCGUACCGUCCCCCUGACUAGAUGUGGAUGGAGAUAACUGUCACUGUGCUAUCGUUUGAGCAUCAGUCAGCUCAGGUUAGGGACAUAGCAUCAUAGACAAAAGCCGAGUAUGCUGAAAUAGCAACGACUGAAAGAGUAUUUAGACAUGGCACCCAAAUCGCUUUCUGAAAAGUUAGCAAAUUUAGAGGACAGUGACUUAAAAGAGUCUACCUGCAUUUGCAGGAAACAGUGUAAGAACUGUAAAAUCUUUCUGGGAUUCUUCGUCUUAUCCCUUUCAUUGCAUCUAGUUACGCUUUUCUGUUAUUUGGACCUGAGAUCCGAAGUGAAACGCGAGAUUCUCCAGAAGAACAGAGAGGAGACACUGUCACCGGCCGCAACCGAUAUGAAUGACCGAUAUUCUCCAGUAUUCCAGCUGUUCGAUAUCAGCUACCCAGCUGAUCUACAGAAUAGGUUGCCUCUGGGGAACAGUGACGAAAGCUCUCACCUCAAAGAAGACAGAGACAAUGCUGUCCAUCGCACCAAAAGGAGCCAGCAGAAUAAACGACUUGAUUCGGAAUCACAUGGAAACAAACGAAAAGAAAGGAAAAAAGGUAAGAAGGGCCCUCCGGGUGCACCUGGCCCCCUAGGCCCUCCAGGGCCACAGGGGCCACCUGGUAUUCCUGGCAUUCCAGGCAUCCCUGGAAACAACGCCAUGGGCCCCUCAGGACCACCCGGACCUCCAGGCCCUGCUGGACCCCCAGGGCCACAGGGACCCCCUGGUCUUCAAGGACCCUCAGGGGGCAGAGUCAGAGAUAGCCAGCCUGCUGUGGUACAUCUCCAAGGCCAGGAAACAACAAUACAGGUCAAGGAAGAUCUUUCAGAAGGCGUACUGAGAAACUGGAAAAUGAUAUCCAUGCAUCACAAGGUGUUCAAGAUGCACUCGAGAUCUGGGGAGCUGGAGGUGUUGGUAGAUGGCACCUACUUCAUCUAUAGUCAGGUAGAAGUUUACUACCUGAACUUCACUGACAUUGCUAGCUAUGAGGUGAUGGUGGACAAGACGCCGUUCCUGCGCUGUACGCGGAGCAUUGAGACGGGACAGCGCAAGUUCAACACCUGCUAUACGGCUGGGGUGUGUCUGUUGCGUGCCCGGCAGAAGAUCUCCAUCAAGAUGGUGUACGAGGACACCUCCAUCAGUAUGACCAACCACACCACCUUCUUGGGGAGCAUCCGCCUCGGGGAUGCCCCCCUGGCCAGCCACUCCUGAAGAGGCAGGCCUACCAACCUGUUUGUCAAGCCACAACCCACCCCUCUACCAGCAUAUCCACUUAUGGUCCGGGGGAGGCUCCUCCCAUUCUACUUUUCCUCUACAACCAUCACCACCACCUAUCACAUAUCAACCAAUAGGAGAUGAGGAUAACCACCUACUCCAGAGAUGACAUCAUGUACAGUACUAAAGUAUCUGCCCUCAGCCUGGGCCAGGCCCGCCCCUUCAGGCUACUACUGAGCUGAUAAGCCCCACCCUCCCUUAUAAUAGUGGGAUGACCUGGUGUAAUGAUAUUAACCGCUGCCUGUUAUCUUUUAAUGGAAGAUUGCUUCCACAGAGCGAUGAGGACUAAGACCUUCGGAGGUGAUGAUGGACAAAUAUGCACCCAACGUGUCUUAGCAUUAAGAAAGGGAGGAGUUGUUAGAAGAAAAAAUACAUUAGACUUUACUUUUAGAAUUGUGCAUUUAUAGAUAAUAACUUGGUUUCCCUGGUCAUGACAUGCUUGAGAAACCAAGGUUGACAGGAGUCAGUCAUGUCUCCACUGAAAGAACUGUCUGUUAGUUAGACAACAUAGGUACAUACUGUAAAAGUUUUUGAAAACAGUAUAGAAAUACAAUGUGUGGAAGUUGUCUGAUGAAAUUAACAUUUAUAGCUGAAACAAAAACAUUUCUCUGUUAGAAUGUGCACUGGUUAAAGCAUCUCUCUCUCUCUCUCUCUCUCUCUCUCUCUCUCUCUCUCUCUCUCUCUCUCUCUCUCUCUCUCUCUCUCUCUCUCUCAUAAUAAAAAGGUCAGUAUGAAUGUUUCUUUUUUAUUUGAAAUUAAGUUGUUUGUCAAAUAUGGAAUCACUUGGAAUAAUACUGUAGAUUAAAUGUUUUAUUUUUCCAAAUUACUAAUAGCAUGACCUGAAAUGCUAUUCAUAAUUUUACUAUGUUGACCGGUCAUGAUCACAAUACUUUUCUGGAUGGGGUUAUAUUUCCUUUCUUUAUUUAGUUCUGCUUUGGUUUGUUUGAAAUAACUAAUUCACUUGUCAUUCCCUUUGAGCUGAACCAGUCAUGUCCUGUUUCUGGAAGGCCAUUUGUGUUUCAGUUUUUCUCAGAAGAAUUCUGUCUUUCCAUAUACAUAGGCAGCUUGACGCUUUUGUAAAUAUCACACACAGUCAAAAUAUUUUUCGGCAUAUAACUCCUUCUCAUGUUCAUGUUUAUAUGUGAGUGAACACAUUAGUCUUUAAGGAAUAAUUUAAGGGCACAGAGUAUCUGUCAACGUGCAGUUUCUGGAUGUUUAUGAAACUGCUCUGCACUGUGCAUGUACUGUUAUUAUUACACGGUUUGGUCGAUCACCAUGCAGUCAACCUUCUGGAAAAUUGGUGACAAAAGCAGAAUCUGGUCCAGUUGUUUUGAAAAAGUUUCAAAACAGUUACGGAAGGAACAAUAGAUGAAGAGUUUCAUUCCAAACACUAUAUAUACAUUUUCAGAAAUGUUGGUAAAUUAGUUUUUAUUGUUUAGAUAACUUAUGAAAGAGAUUGUUGUGUUUUCACCAUCUAAUCUUGGCAUGGGGUUGUUCGAUGAGAGACAUAUAUUUGUUUAAAAUCUAUCACUUGAUGGUUUAAUUUCAGAGAGACAAAUAAUCAUGUUUUGUUGCAAAACGCUAUAUAUCCGCCUCACUCUCAGAGAAGUACAGUACCAAUCAAAAGUUUGGACACACCUACUCAUUCAAGGGUUUUUCUUUAUUUUUACUAUUUUCUACAUUGUAGAAUAAUAGUGAAGACAUCAAAACUAUGAAAUAGCACAUGGAAUCACGUAAUAAACAAAAAAGUGUUAAACAAAUCAAAAUAUAUUUUUUAUUUUAGAUUCUUCAAAGUAGCCACCCUUCCACACAUGCGGAGAUCAUCCGUUCAACUACUCUGCGUCUCACAAAGACAACGGUUGGAACCAGAAAUCUCAAAUGUGGACUCAUCAGACCAAAGGACAGAUUUCCACUGGUCUAAUGUCCAUUGCUCGUGUUUCUCGGCCCAAGCAAGUCUAUUCUUCUUCAUGUUGGUGUCCCUUAGUAGUGGUUUCUUUGCAGCAAUUUGACCAUGAGAGACAGUUUCAUCAUAGCGCUUGAUGGUUUUUGCGACUGCACUUGAAGAAACUUUAAAAGUUAUUGAAAAUUUCCGGAUUGACUGACCUUCAUGUCUUAAAGUAAUGAUGGACAGUCAUUUCUCUUUGCUUAUUUGAGCUGUUCUUGCCAUAAUAUGAACUUGGUCUUUUACCAAAUAGGGCUAUCUUCUGUAUACCACCCCUACCUUGUCACAACACAACUGAUUGGCUCAAACGCAUUAAGAAGGAAAGAAAUUCCACAAAUUAACUUUUAACAAGGCACCUAACUUGUAAUGCAUUCCAGGUGACUACCUCAUGAAGUUGGUUGAGAGAAUCACAAGAUUGUUUAAAGCUGUCAUCAAGGCAAAAGGUGGCUACUUUGAAGAAUUUAAAAUAUAAAAUUGAUUUAGAUUUGUUUAACACUUUUUGGUUUACUUCGUGAUUCCAUAUGUGUUAUUUCAUAGUUUUGAUGUCUUCACUAUUAUUCUACGAUGUAGAAAAUGGUCAAAUAAAGAAAAACCUUUGAAUGAGUAGGUGUGUGCAAACUUUUGACUGGUACUGUAAGUAGUACUGCUAGGUUUUACACAGUCAAAUGUGACAAAUAACUACAUUUAUAAUAAAGAACUGUACACAUUAUAUAUUUGUGACAUCCAUAUUUAAAUGUUUUUUUUUUUUUUUAAAUGAACCAAUACAGGAGUAGAGAGCAAUAGUAAAGGCGUCUUUUUGUAGGCACUAACUCCACCAGGGUUUUUGGAUAAACACUGAUAAUAAGGUCUGUAGUAAACACAGGCUUAGGAUAUCUUAUACGUUUUGUUCUAUGGGAUCAUCUUCAUCAGCUAAUGUCACUUUUUGUGAAUUUUUUUGCCUUUUUGUCAUUUAAAAAGCACAUAAAGGCUUCAUAAUUCAUAAAGGUCAUGUGACUGACAUUAUCUCAUAGAACAAAAUGUAUAAGAUCUCCUAAGCCUGUGUUAACCUCAGACCUUAUUUUCAGUGUUCAUCCCAAAACAUUAUUCUUUCCCCAUUAAUUUUCCCCAUAGGAAUGGCUGACUGAACCAGAUGUAACUCAUUUCCAAUUUUUAGGACUACGUGCUGGCAAGCUUUAUAUGAGAUCUGUAUGUAAAAUAUUUAUAUUUGACAUGUUAGUCAUUAGCGGAUGCUAUUAUCCUGAGCAAUUCACAGUUAGUGCAUUCAUCUUAAGAUAGCUAGGUGAGACAACCACAUAUCACAGUCAAAUGUACAAGAUAUGAACAUUCCAUUUUGGCUUAACAAUGUAUAUAUAGCAUUUUGCAAAAAAAAAACUUUUUAAUCUAAAAUCUAUUCAUAAAAAACCUGAGAACAGGUAUAUUUUACACACACAUGAAGGUACCCAUAAGCAAUCACUUCUGAUGAAAAAGUACAAAUGUGAAAAAUUGGUGGAUAUAGCGUUUUGGAACCGAAACUCUUCAUAUAUUAAACCAUUUACCAAAGGAAGUUCAAACAUAUUACUUUUCAAGUUAUUAUGGUAAUUCUACAUUAUCCAGUAGCCUAAUUUCCGCAGUAAGAGUUGGUAUAAAACAUUACAACUUGCAGUUUACAAACAUGCCCAAAAAGGACAGUGAGCCAUGGUGUUGUAGUAUUACGUAUUAUUAGUACUUUGGUUCAAUUCAGUGCUUAGAAUGGUUAAUUCUCCAAUUCAUGCUUUGCGAUUAAAUUCAAUGCCUUUGUCAAGUUGAGUCAAGAUAGAAUUGGCCCAAACUCUGGUAGCUAUAUGUCCCUUAAAUAAAACUUUGUUUAGUUGAAGUGUACAUUGUGGUUUGUGUUGGAAUAUGCAUUAUUUGGAUUGUUUGUAGGUAAAUAGGAUAUAUUUGUUUCCCUGCUUUGUUGAAUAUAAUGUACAUUUGUAUACUCUGUUGUGAUUGUAAAUAUGUAUAGAAAAUAUAAUUCUGUUUUUGUAAAUUGAAUUGAUUUAUAAUAUUAAAUUGUAUUAAAUUCA